UUCCACUCAACUCCAUCAAGUUCACUCACUUCGCUAUUUAUCUCCGAGAACCGGGGGAAAAUAAUAUUAUUUUUUUGACAAAUAUAUUAAUUUUAUACCGAUUAAUAAUAUUUAACGAUUCGUAAAGUUUACAUUCGUAUUACUCAUGUAGAUUAGUGAUAAUUACAGUAAUUUAUGCGCUAUCGAAAAUGUCAAAUGUUCCCGUAAUUUGUGAAUGGCCGUGUUUUUCGUAUGUCAAUAAAAAGUGUUUUGCCGUUCUAUUACAUUGAACUACGAUGUUGCUGCGAAAGAAUGCGAUGAUGGACACGAUCCAAUGGAGAAAAUGGUUUCUUUUGUUUAUAAUCACUCUGUGUCGAACGCUGGAUUCAAUCAAUGCACUAAAAUGCUACUGCAACAGCGAGACAUGCCCGAACAAUACAUGCGAGACAGACGGCUACUGCUAUGCUUCCACCAGCCUCGAGAAUGGUGUCCAGAAGUUCACUUUCCACUGUAUCGACCGCGUAUUAUUGAUACCGCCCGAGCACCCCUUCCGUUGCUCGACGCCGAAGACGAGAAAUGAGUCGGUUGCGAUCGAAUGUUGCAAAAGCGACAUGUGCAACAAGGGGCUGCGUCUGGAGCUUCAGCCUCUGCCGCCAGAGCCGACCGGGACGGCCACGGCGUGGCAGGUGAUCCCGUGGGUGAUGGGGUUGAUGGUGCUGGGCGUAUGCGCGGCCAUCAGCUUCUGGUGGGCCAAGCGCACGCGCAACGUGAUGAAGCGCGGCUCGCGGCCGCUGUUCCAGGGCGAGGACUCGCUGUGCGAGACGCGCCACCACCCGCUCAUGGGCACCGCCACCAUCCGCGACAUGAUCGAGCUCACCACCUCGGGCUCGGGAUCGGGUCUCCCGCUCCUGGUGCAGCGGUCCAUCGCCCGCCAGAUCCAGCUUGCCGACAUCAUCGGCAAGGGCCGCUUCGGCGAGGUGUGGCGCGGGCGCUGGCGCGGCGAGAACGUGGCCGUCAAGAUCUUCUCCUCGCGCGAGGAGUGCUCCUGGUUCCGCGAGGCAGAGAUCUACCAGACGGUGAUGCUGCGACACGAGAAUAUAUUGGGAUUCAUCGCUGCUGAUAACAAAGACAACGGCACGUGGACGCAGCUGUGGCUCAUCACGGACUACCACGAGAACGGCUCACUGUUCGACUUUCUGACUGCGCGCACCAUUGACUCGGCCACGCUCGUCAAGAUGGCGCUGUCCGUGGCCACCGGCCUGGCCCACCUGCACAUGGACAUCGUCGGCACUAAAGGCAAGCCGGCCAUCGCGCACCGCGACCUGAAGUCCAAGAACAUCCUGGUGAAGAGCAACCUGACCUGCGUGAUCGGGGACCUGGGGCUGGCCGUCCGCCACCACGUGGCCAGCGACUCGGUGGACGUGCCCUCCACCAACCGCGUGGGCACCAAGCGGUAUAUGGCCCCCGAGGUGCUGGACGAGUCGAUGGACACGCGGCAGUUCGACCCGUACAAGCGGUCGGACGUGUACUCGUUCGGGCUGGUGCUGUGGGAGAUGGCGCGCCGCUGCGGCGGGCUGCCCGACGAGUACCAGCCGCCGUACUACGACUGCGUGCCGCCCGACCCGUCGCUGGACGACAUGCGGCGCGUCGUGUGCACCGAGCAGCGUCGGCCCGUCGUGCCCAACCGCUGGCACUCGGAUCCGAUCCUCCUGGCGAUAUCGAAGGUGAUGAAGGAGUGUUGGUACCAAAAUCCGGCGGCGCGGCUGACGGCGCUGCGCAUCAAGAAGACUCUCGCCAACGUCGGCACGCCGGACUACAUCAAGCUGUAGGGUAUGUCGAUACUUAAGGCCCAUCGAGCAGCGGCACCGUCCUAUUGGUUUAAGUAUUCAACUUGCUACAAUUCAAAAAAACAGAUUUAAGCACUAGUUUAUAAGACAUGUAUAAAAUAUACAGUUUUUCGUCUAAUCAUCGAGUGAGAUUAUACAGAAACAAGCGAACGAUACAAGUUGUCUUUUAAGCGAUUAUCACACUGCACCGCGCUCCGUCGCGGUACGCGGGACGUCAGAUUUAAUCAUUGUAUGCAAGUACCUCAGUUUGUAUAUAAAACGCGCGGCACAACACACUGACAACGCGUCUGCGCGCGGGAUUCUUUAUACAGGGUGUUAGGUAAAUGGGUAUAUGAGCCGCGACACUAGCCCAUGUUAACAUGGUCAUAUAAAUGGUAUGGUGAAGUCUGGAAAUUGAUAUCUCCAUUUUAAUUAUUUUAUUUUUCAUACAAAUCGGAUUUUAUAACAUUUAUUUUGUAUGAAAAUUUAAAAAAUUAAGAUGAUGAUAUCAAUUUUCUGACUUCACCAUACCAUUUAUAUGCCCAUGUUAAUAUGGGCUAGUGUCGGCUCAUAUACCCAUUUACCUAACACCCUGUAUGUAGCCACGCGGACCGCGGCGGAGCGCGGUGCAGUGUGAUAAUCGUCUUAGGUUAUACCGGCGACAAUAUAACGGUGCCGCUUUUCUCAACCUCGGCUUAAUCGCUAGUGCUGUCCCGACUGUCGACGGUAUGCUCGAGUGGAAGGGUUCGACCGAGUUGCGGCUUCAUAGAUGUGCCUUUGUAAGUCUCGAAUCGAGAUGAAAUGAAAGAAGAUGAAAAAUCGGCGUUCGACACUCUCGAACGCCGAUCUUUUGUCACCGGCAUCAAAUAAUGUAGAUUAAAGUUAGAAACCUCAUAACGACGUCGCCAAAUUUUAAAUUAUGAACCGAUCCUCUUAAAUUCACCUAAAUGUGAUUUGUUUUGAUAUACGAAAUCUUGUAAAUCAACUAUCUUCGUUAGUCGAUAGUUUUGAUUAAAAUACGUAAGGUUUUCAAUAUAUUCUGGAAAUUAGUUGUUGGGACGUUUGCAAGUGACGUUUAAAAGUGAUUGAAUUGAUUUUUAUUGUAAUGGGAUACCGCCAUAUUGGAGUCGACGAGUGUGUAAUACCCUCGAUCAUGAACGCGGUCGGUACAACACUACUGAUGAGUGACGUCACUCCUACAGCUCGACACGUGUGCAGCUCUGAACCGUGGCUUUAUGAAAAGAGUUUGUAAAAUCAAGUAGAGAUCAUGUGUAAACGAAUCGUGAUUAUUUUAAUAUCUGAACCUUUAAAAUAUUUUAUAAUGACACAUAUCGUCCGGACUUAAAUUUAUGAACCGCAUACAUCGAGUUGGAGGAGAUACCGUCACUAAUGUAACUUUUGACUUUACAACUAUUCCUUUAGACCGCGCAAGAGGUCGAACUUUGAUGUACAAAAUUCUGCGUAAACGUCGAAAGUUACAAUCUUGCAAAGAUUACUUUACAAGAUAGCGAAAGAUGCGCUAUGAUGUGAAAUAAGCUUUGUUUACUCUUAAAAGAAGCAGUUUCUGGGCCCAUCAUGAUAUUACGUUUAACUUCUAACCGUAAAUUUUACGUACUGUAUAAUAUUUUCACAUUUUACAUAUAACCCCGAAUUCCCUCAUGAUAAUCGACGAUUCAUCGUUUACCCUUAGCCUAGGAUCGAGUCAUUAUAAAAGUAGUGGAGUGGUAUGAUGAUGGGUCCAGGGACAAGUCUGAUUCCAAAUUGGUAGCACGUCCUAACCCCACCCUACCUCUUAGGCUUAACUCGAGAUAUCGAAGGAGCAUUUGCCGCGGCCCGCGGUGUCGUAGCGCGACGUUUGUACUGUAUGUGGAACAUUGGACUAUGCGAUAUGGUGACAAUGUGUAACAACUUAUUUGCCAUAUACGGCAAGGUGCUUGGACUUGGCUAAUAUUACAGCGGUUGUUGGUGUCAAAAUUUCAUUAAAAAAAGAUAUUUUACUUAAGCCUUGAAAAAUAAUGAAAAUAAUAUCGCUCUUACUCUUUUGUUUAAGAUGUUUAUAUUUGUAAUGUUUUAAAAACUUAAAUCGAAGAAAUAAUUUUCUUUCCUUCUUUCUUUCUCUUGCUGAAAAUUUCAGUUUAUCCACCAAGAAUUCUAUUAGAUUAUUAUCUAAACAUUUCACGAUAACAUUUUGAUCGCGUCUGUUCUUGAAGCAAGACACUCCAAAAGCACAGUGUCUCAUGUACAGUACGAAUGUGGUCAGUAGUGAUAUUUUCACGUUACCAAGUACGUAGUUGUAGCUUUGUUAGAGUCGCGAUUAUGUCGAGCAUAAUAUAAAUAAAGACCGAGACACAUUUAUUUUUGUAAACUAUUGUUUUUCUGUGAUAUGUUAAGUCGCAGCGAUCUGUUUGGUUGCGAAUUCGGCAAGAGUUAUUUUAAGUUACUCUGGUAUACUUUAAGCUUGUUCUUGGUGCGGAUUCUGGUGUUAGUCCCCUGAAGCGAUGCGAAUUUAUUAGCGACACUGGCUGAAUGAUGUUUAGGUUUGACACUCGACAGUAAAAAGAAUAACGUACUUAGCCAAUUUGUGCUCGCAAGAGCCGACCUCGGUCGUCUCUGGUUGGUAAAUCGAAAGAUCUAUUGUGGCAAACCGAACCUCUUUGCCAUUUAUACUUUUUUUUAUUUAAUUUUUUUAAGAAUAAACCUGUUUUUUUGAUAGCUGUCUUGUAAGCAACGUCUCGAAAUUAAACGCGAAUAAUUUACUUGGAUAUUUUCGUAUAUUUUUCACUCCUUUACCUCUGAUCCCUCACUGUCCUCAACAUCUAUCCUGAAACAAUUGAAUUUUAACAUGAAUCUAUUCUCAGGAUAGGCUCAGCGUCAGCGAAAUCCUUCCUUAUGUAAACUUAAAUGGCUAGGAGCAAAAUGUUUGCUCGUGUAAUACUUCCCAUUUGAUAUCUAAGGACUACUCGAGACUCCGCACCGCUGUCCCAUCAAGUUGUGUCCGUGUCCACACUGUGUUACACCAAAUCUAUUGCUGUGUUAUGCGUACUCGUUUUAGGAACAUGCAGUGAAUCGAAAGUGAGUUAUUAAGAGAAAAAAAUAUAAAAUUUUAAGUCUGUUCAAAUUCGGAGUUAGAUUAUAAUGUUUUCACACGCAUCUUCGUAAGACGAGGGUUCCUGUACCUAUUGAAUUUUAUUGUUAAUUAAUGAUAAAUUAAUUAUGUACGUAAGAUGCUUUUGUAAGUUUAUUUUCUAAUGUAUUCUAUUCUAUCACACACACGUGCGAUUGUCAGAGGGACGGAUUGCAGACAAAUAAGUCCACGAAUAAAAUAUUUUUAAUGUUGCUUGUGGCAAUAAUACCAUGAUGUCCUAUAAGUGUUUAGGUCUUGUACGCACUAAAGACUUGCGUUCCUAUAUCUAAUACCUAUAGUCUUAAGGCCAGCAGGUUUUUGGGAGCACUCCCUAAAGAUCCGCCCUCUGCCCGCCGCGCGUGCCCCUAGCGUUAGUGAAGAUAUAAAUAUUUGAUCUAGUGUACAGCACACCUAUUUUCGUACUGUUCCUCUCGGAACCCUUCAUAGGUUUUUUAAAUUUGUACAUACAGAGGUCCUUCCUCACAUACGACUUAAUUUUUUGCAAGUAAGUCUUUGAUAAGCGAGUAGAUUUCGUACGUUUGUGUAAUGUUUUGUAUUUCUAGGAUUUACUUUUUAUUUAUUGGUAUAGUUACGGUGGUAGGCGCCGGCCUCGGCUAGUCCGUUACUGUUAGCGGCUUAGCGGAGCGACGGAAUAUGAGAACUGCUGGUUUCAAUGUGUACUGUAUUUAUGGAGCUAGUGUGCUCAGUACAAAUAAGAACUGUGUGGUUUAUAAAAAUAUAUUUAUUGAAUGCGCAUUCGCCACUUUACACAGCACACAUUGGCUCAGCAGCGAGCGAGGACAAAGCCUUUGCAGUCUAGUAUACAUCGUUAGAUAUAUGGAACCUCUUGAGGGUUCAACAGCUGUUCAAAUAUAGCGAAGUUUCUUUUCAAUUUGAACGGCUAGAUCAAGUCAGGACUUGUUUGAAAACGUUUGUGUAGCAAAAAAAACAGGCCCUAGUUUCGUGUACACUAACAGCCUGUAUACAACGCAGUUACUGAUAAGUAAUUGUUAAAAUAUAAAUGGAUUAGAGUGUAAAUAAUCAAAUUUUUAUAAGAGAAAAUAAUUAAAACCGAUCAAACAAAUUGGUUUUCCACGUUAUCCAAAUAAUAUACCUGUGAACAUCGAGAUCAGUGAGAAUUUAUAAAUCUUCCAAUAGGUUCGUGAUGAAUGUUAGAGAUAUACAAAUCAGCCACGUUCUCCGUUCCCGCCCGGUCUCUACUCUACGUUCGCUCGAUUCUUUGUGGCGUUGCUAUCGCGAUUUUGUUUACGAUCAGCGCCAUCUCGUAUAAGCUAUAAAAGCUGUGUGUAUCGCGCACAAUAGAUUUUAUGAAUAGCUUGCAAACGCGAUAGUAAUGUUACUAAUCUGAGUUUCCAUUAUGCUUUAAUAUCUACUCCCAUGACGACUGCGUUUUGGGAAUUCUGUAUUAAAAAGUAAUCUCUCCUGUCAUUAAGUACUUUGGUUAAUUAUUGACUUAAUGUCCUUAAUUAAUCUGAAUUUCGAUGACAGACAGAAUUAAAUCAAUAUUACUGCCCUCUUUGAAUGUAUAAUGUGGAGUAAGAUGCAUUAUUUCCACCAUUUGAUCAUUACUGUGCUCCGCUCUUGGUCGCUUGGGGGUCGAUAUUGAGGUCGUAAGAGAGAUUCUUGCGGUAUACAUAUUUUGAGUUUAAAACAUAGAUUAGCCUAACCCCCAUAGACUACAGUCACUGCCUUAAAUCUUCGCAUAGUAUAGUGCUCGCCAGUAGACAUCGGAGCUAAUAACAGAGUAUUAUAGUAAGGCCCUCCUUUCAAUGUCAUAUCUGGGACACGUCAGCGUUGUCUAUAAAUAAAUAAAUAAUAAUAAUAAAUAUCCUUGAACAUUUUACACUGCGCCGCUAGCCCCAAACUAAGCAAAGCUUGUACUAUGGGUACCAGACAACGGAUAUAAACAUACAUACUUUUUUUUGUAAAUACAUACAUACAUACAUAUUAUACAUAGAAAACACUCAGACCCGUCACAGAAAUUAAAAUUCAUCAUUUCAAUUUCUGCCCGGCCGGGAAUCGAACCCUGGACCUCUCGGCUUAGUAAAAAAUGUAUGUUUUCAAAAUAUGUAUAGCGUAAGAAUCAUCCGAUACCUUGACACACUUCGGUUAGUCGUAACGCUAGAUUAGCAAGUACAUUCAGUGACAGUUGACUUCAUAGACUGACGUACCGUAACCGCGGAGCCUGCCGCGCCGCCUCACUUGAACUGCAAGCAAUAUGCUUCCAUGUAAUACUUCCAUUUUUUAUGAUUCCUCAACGGAUAUUUAAAUCCUGAUUCUGUCAUUAUCGUCUUUUGUAACGUACUUGUAGAAAGUGUCGUUAAGCAGCCGCACCAUUUGUAAUGGCAAAAAGAACCAUUCUUGUGAUUUUGCUGUUGCGUUAUAAGAAGGCACUGCGCCGCAACAGUUGUUUAAUUCAGGAAUGAACUGAAUGUCAAUAUGUCCGAUGUGGCACGAGACAUCCUGUCGGAUAGAGGUGAGACUCGGCGCAGGCGGCUCCGUUCAGAUAGCAAUCAAGCAAUUUAUUACCUCAUUAGGCGCUUACGGUAUUGAAAUUUUAUAUUUGAAAGUUUUUGGGAUGUUCGCGUUUAGGCGAUUUAAAAUUUUAUUAAACAAAUCUUUAUUAUUACAAUGUAUUAGAAGCUGUUUUAUACGAACGUUAAGGCGGGCGCUUUGACAAAGAUGGCGGCCACUAAAAUAUUUUCGUGAUAAUGUCACACUUGUGAUCUUAUCUGGCUAUACUUAACUGUAUGCCUUAGACGAGGUACAAUUAUUAUUUAAGAUAUGUAGUAAAUGUAUCUCGCUACUUACAUUUGCUUCCAUGGUUCUACCUCACCUCGAAUGCGAAGACGAGCUCACGGACAAGUCGAUUCGGGCUUUAGUUAGCAAUCAAACGAUGGAGACACCGGAGUGUACAGCGUAAUCUUCUUUUACAAGUUCUGUCUUAUAAUAUAAAAUGUCUAUACAAAUUAUACAUAAAAUGUACUAUUUUUUAUUCUAUUUGUGCUUUUACGUCAUAUUACGCUAGUACAGUACACGAUCGAGGGUCACAAGACGGCACUGCUGUUUGUAUGCCGUUUGACAACGAACCAUUGUUAGAUGCCUCGACAUUUGACCCUCGAUCGGCUAGACAACGUUACGUAGAUAGUGUGUAAUUGGGUUGGGGGUUUUUGUCAAAGUGCCGUGUUACGAACAUAGAGCAAUAGCAUCGUACCUUUCUUUUGUUAUUACUUAAGUAUAUUGUUAUCGUGUUAAUUGGUGGUCAGGCGGAUAAAAUGGAGCUAUGACACGGAUAUGAUUUAAACCAAUAUAUACGUUCGGUUUGUGCCGUUAGAGUCCAAUAUAUGUUGUAAAGUUCGUGGCUAUAGUUCGCGCGGGCUAGCACCUCGCUGUCGAUGUACCUGGCGCAUGUCCCGUGGUUUACUGUUGCGUUGUGUCUGGUGCAAACUGGGUUGCGAUUAGUCGCACUACAUACAGUCAAUUCUUAACAGACUUAUAGAAAAGAGAUUAAACUAUUAAACAUAGCAAAUAGUAUGGUUAUAGCAUUCAGUUUCAUGGCUAGAUAGUUAUAUUCUAUUCAUACAACUACUUUGUCAAACGUGUCAAUUAAUUUAGUUUACUUUUAUUUUUCUUUGCGCACACAUUUGGAUAAAUCUAUCGAGAGUCGUAUACUACUUUACAUGCCGUCGGGAGUGCCGUAUUUGUAAAAUUUGACUGAACAAAUGAAUAUAUUUUUGUAUUUACUUUUAUGAUCUCACAGCUGUUUCAGAAGUUGCUAGACAUAAGAUUUGUAAUGAUCAAUUAACUGAUUAGUUUUAGACGAGUAUUAGACUUUCGAUAGGUUUACACUCGCAGAAAGUUAUUGAAAAAUAUUUUGAACUGUUUGAGCUAUGGCGUGGCGAGUCAAGGUACAUCCGACUUUACAAAUGAAGAAGCAAUAUUGUUAAAAACAUGUAUUUUGAGUAAAUUAUUCGUUAAACGUAAACAUACAUAAUUUAUGUCUAGAUUAAGUUAAGGUCUAGAUGUUUAGUCAAAGCAGCGACGCGGCGUGCGCGACGCAUGCUCAUGGCUGACUAUUUGCGAUGAACAUUAUUUGAGCAACGCCAAACCAAACUUAAAUAUUUAUCAUUCUUCAAUGCUUUAUAACGUACAAAAAUACUAAAUGUACAUACUUUUAUUAUUAUGAACAAUACAUUUUUAGCAAAUUGUCAUUCAUGUCGUUGCGUACGCCGACGCAGCACGCGGCCAUUGAAUAUUUACACGGUAACCAAUAGAAUCAUUCAUACCCUACCUACCUUCUUAUUUAUAAAAAUGUGCAAACGUUGUGAGCCUCGUUAUGAUUGCGAAGGGGUGUCAAGUGUUACCAGUGUAACAUACGAUGGCCUCCUGCUGCUUCCGAGCAAACUAUUAGACUGGUAUGUGAAUAAUGUACAAUUUUAUUGUAACUGAACUUUAAAUGUAAGGUACUAUUUUAUUAGAUCACUUCCUUUCACACCACAUACAAAAACUUUUCUGGUGGAGUAAUAAAAAAAACUUGUAAUAAUACUGUUCUUGAGAAAAAAAUCAAGUUUAAAAUAAAGUAGGACCUUUUUCAGGGCUCUGACAAUGAGGGCUUCGAUUGAGCUUCGCUUCAUUGCAGGUCUGUUCUCGUUGGCAGGUUCAUUUGUCGCACCUUCGACUCGCUCUGAAUCCGUUCAGAAGUCUUCAUUCGCACUAUUGAUAAGUUUAGUAAUAAAUUAACGGUAAAUGUAGCUUGAGUAUCUUUAAGGUAGGCUUUCUUACUUUUUGAUAUAGAGGACGCCACCUGUUGGCGACUCGGGGAAGUAUUACUGAAGGUCGAGACAUUUAAGCGUAGCUCGCAAUAUUAACGCGCAAUUUCUUUGUUAUAUACGCGUUAGAGGGAAUAGCAAUCAAACGACCGUUUAGCGAGUUAGCUCGUUUAUUACUGGCGAUCGCCGCCGCACGUCGGAGUGAGUGAGUGAACGAACGAUAACAAUACAGCUCACUUUAUCUUGGUUUUGCUCCAUACCAAAAAUGUUCCAUACCCUGUCCCCACUAUUCCAAAUAUUAUGUAUUUUAAUCCAUACAAACUCGUUUAUGAUAAUUUGACCUUGAACAAUAUUUUAGCAGGGUUGUAACAAUGCUCUAAAACGACGUUAAUAUUUAUAUCGUGUAUGCUAAGUAAAUGGUCGCUUCAUUUAUUGUCCUUUAUAUUCUUAACCAAUCAUGUUUCACGCUUAACUUAACGACAUUGAAGGUUUUCUACCAAGAAUGACCACCAUCCUUCCCGCCACAUUAUAGUAUCUCUGUUGAAAUGGACGAGGUCAGAACCGUUUGAUCUAUUUAUCUACAUCUUCUAUAUGAUACGUGUUAGAGAGCGGAAGGACAGCUUCAUGUGCGGGGACACUUCUCUACCUUCAGUAAUAACAGCGCAUGAGGAGUCGAAAGAAACUACAGAUUUAGAGUUAACUCGUGUUUUUUAAACACAUAUUACACAUUAAAUGAUUACCUGUCGGACGAGAUUAAUAUUUAGAUGUAAGCCACAUGGUUGGUGCGAUUCAAUGUACAAGCGUCGAACUUGGUUUGACUAACGAGCAAUACCACGAGGGUACAAGUAAUGUUUACGUUAACUGCAAUAAUGUUACGUUAUUUUGACAAAGGCAGCGUCAUAUCACAUGAUUGUGUACUAAUUUGGUGAUUUUUAUAAUAUUGUGUAAUUUGGUUUAAGUAUAUUAUAUUAUUAUACAACAUUAUUUAAACUAUCCCAUUGCGUAAGUUUUAUUAUUGUUUAUGGAAUGGACUCAUUGAUUAAAAUGGUUAUGGAGUGGACUCAUAAUUUAAUAUAAUAAAACAUGUGUUUUUAUAAAA